AUGUAUUUCAUUCUUUUCCUUUUUGUUAUGAUUAUUUUCGAUGGAGAUUUUGUUUCGUCUACUUUACAACAAGAAAGUGAAGCAACAAAAGCUGGUAUAUUUAACCGUAAUCAACGUCAAACAUUUAUAGGUCGUGCUCCUAUAGCAAUACUUAUGCCAGAAGGAGGUCCAUGGGGUGAAGAGAAACAUUGGACCUUUUGUCCCCAGAAUACAUGGGCAAUCGAUCAUCAUGGUAGCGCGGUGCAAAGAAUUCGAUCAUAUGAUGGAUUAUGGGGUGGAUGGAGUGAAUCAACGUUUUGCUCUGGACCACAGAAUUAUUUGCAAAGCGUACAAUUCAAGAUUGAAUCAGACCAACGCGGUAGGGAUGAUGCAGCUGCUAAUUAUAGUCGUUUUACUUGUACGAGUGGAAAAACAAUUCAAGCAUCAAAUGGAGCGCCGUGGAGCGAUUGGAGAUCAUGGGCUGAAUGUCCACAAUCAACAGCAAUUUGCGAAUUUGCAAUAAAAUUUGAGCCGGAUGUUCGUGGAGGUGAUGAUACAGCUUUGAAUGGUGCCAGAUUUGCAUGUUGCUCAACAAAAUAA